AGCACAACCAGUCCCCCAAGAUUCUUGUUACCAACGCAGAUGCUUCGGACACAUCCUACUGCCAAAACUUACCUACCUACAUACGUGGAUACAAAGAUCACAAAAACCUUGGAAAACAAUUGAGAGCGCCGAACAACAGACUCGUUUUGUCAUUCCUUUUUUGCCAUGGCGGCUCUCGCCUAUUAUAAUUUCGCGAAACUCACCCAGCUUUGAUGGUUUUUGAUUUCUUCCUCCCAUCACGCAUGAUCCAUCUUCCCGUGCUAUCGCAACAUAGCCUGCAAACACCAGGAUGCCCUCUCAUCACCCAGAGACCCAGUUCGGCCAUCUCGACGAAUCUCAUUCUUUCUAUGCACUAGGCGCUUUGCUGGACCGGUUACAGCAACCGAGCGUCAUUGUAUCAUUCCUCCUCCUUCUAUUAACUAUCUUCUACCAGUCUCUGCGCUCUUCGCCCCUCUCCCGGCUACGAUAUCUUGGUCAGCUUCUUUGGGACUUAAUAGUAGCCAUCACGCCAGCGAUCCUUCUCUAUGCCAUCGACGACCGGCUCAGCCCCUCACCUAUCCGAACCUCACGGCCUACGCUAUCGACACGUUCCCGAUCGUAUACCGCGAAGAGCGACCUUCUCAGAAGAAUAUUUGGUAUGGAUGGGCCGGGCGGCAUCAUCACGUCUGUUGCUGAUGCCGGCAGAAGAAGUCUCUCCAGUCUAUCCGGUGGCACAUUAAUUAAGCAUAAUACGGAUCACCCCGCCGGUCUCGGGAACUACGAUAAUUCAUGCUUCCAAAACAGUAUCCUUCAGGGAUUGUCCUCGUUGGAACCGUUACCCUCAUAUCUUGAAAGAGGUCUAGAACUAGACAAGUCGUUAGGGGAUAGAGAGUCAAGCUCAACAGGUUCAUUACGCGACCUUGUUUUCAAGUUGACCAACACCAGUUAUAAUGGAAAGACUUUAUGGGCGUCGAAAAAGCUACGAUCGUUGGAUACGGGACAGCAGCAGGACGCCCAGGAGUAUUUCUCUCGGAUCCUAGAUGAAAUCGAGAGAGAAAUCAUCAAGGCCGCAAAACCUCAGCAUUGCUCGCCUUGCUUCGAAACUGCAGGCAUUAGAGACGACACCGAAGACAGCCAGCAUAGUGGUGACAGUGGAUAUCAAUCACUGCCAACACUCGUAUCGAGUACCGCGAAUUUAAGGAAUCCCCUAGAGGGAUGCUCAGCACAACGAGUCGCAUGUGUUCAGUGUGGCCAUUCGGACGGAUUAUCCUUGACACCGUUUAACUGUAUUACACUCAAUCUUGGGCUAGAGCAAAGGGAAUACGACCUCUACGAGCGAUUAGAUUCCUAUACCGACCUAGAGGCCAUCAAAGGACUAGAUUGUGUCAAGUGCACUUUACUCAAACUUCAGAAACUUCUUGGAAUCGUUGUAUCUCGUUCGAAGGAAGAUGGGGCAACCGGAGAAACAUUACGUGGUGCCGCCGAUCGAUUGGAAGCUAUCAAUCUUGCCCUCGAAGAGGAUGACUUUGAAGAGGACACCCUUAAAAACAUAAGCAAAAUAGAUAAGCGAGUCAGUGUUACCAAAACCAGGCAGACAGCCAUAGCGAGACCUCCCCAGAGCCUUGCCAUUCAUAUAAACCGGUCAGUUUUUGAGGUUACCGGCCACAUGCUCAAGAAUCCCGCAGCGGUACGGUUUCCAAAAAGGUUCGACCUCGGUCCAUGGUGCUUGGGAAGCGCGAGUGGUCCCAUCAAGGUCGAUACGGAUGCUUCUCACAUUGGAGAAGAGCGUUGGGUUACUGAUCCGAAUUCAUCCAUGGUUUCAGGAAGUCUAAACUCACCCAGGAUAACCGGUCCGAUAUAUGAGCUGCGCGCAGUUAUAACUCAUUCAGGACGGCAUGAGAACGGUCACUACGUCUGCUAUCGAAGGCAUCCUCGUCAACCGUCAAAUCUUAAGGACGCAGCAGCCGAAUACCCCGAAUCACUUGAUAGCGGAUUUGGAUAUGACUAUAAUGAAAGCGAUACGAGUUCAUACUCGGAUGCAGACGCAAAAUGGUGGAAAAUAAGUGAUAAUAUCGUACGGGAAACAACCGAAGAGGCCGUCCUAGCGCAAGGUGAAGUCUUCAUGCUUUUCUACGAUUGUGUCGUUCCAAAUUGUGUUCUUGCCGCCCAGCCAAACGACGGUGCUCUCGAGCCACAGCCAAAUAAGGAACGAUUUAACAAAGCGGCACGAGCAGGAUCAAUUCUUAUACCAUCUCUAGCUGAAGGGGAGGAAGUUGAUCCAAUGAUUCCACUACGCCGUCCUAAUUCGCAAACGGACAGUAACGAAACGUGGGUGCAAAGCCCAAUCCACGGAUGGACUAAAGCAAUGUAACAGUUGGACUUAAUGAUGUCAAUGAGGUGUACUUUAAUAGCGUGCUUCUUUGCAUAGCCACGGCGUUUUGGCGGAACGGGCCAAGGCGGUUCUUCUGGUCUGGGUACGGUUACGUUUGGGUAAAACGUGUUUACUACCGUACGUCUUUUUGGUGGGCGUUUAUCUAAAUGGGCCGUAGUAAGUUCAUGGAGCGUGAAUACCUAGUAUAUGUUAUAGCUCAUUUAUUUUAUGUCGUUUUACUAUGUAAUCCUCGGACGAUUUACUUGAUAUUUCCUCAUACAUAGUACACGAACAAUUGUUCCAUGGAUAUAACCUCGGUAAACUGGGUGGAAAUAAGUUUUAAUAAGAGACCAGCAUUAAAGCCAUUUCUUGGGAGUAUAAGGACCACCCACACAUUAAUAGU